CGGGCAUUCAUGACACGGUUGCAGGAAUGACAGUUAUGGCGAUAAGCGGGCUUCAGUAGCCAUGCAAGAAGGCAAAAAUCUUAAACCUGUUCUUGUCCUGUACAACACACAUAUCAGGAUAUGUACUUGAAAUUGUUACAAGCAACGUGGGACCUAAUCGGAGGACCGAAGUGAAUUCAUGGCGCAAGCGCAUCAAGGGCAUGUGGGGGUUGUGGGCGGCUACUAUUGGAGGGAUUAUGGAUGACAGUACCGGAUGAUAGAACGGGGGAUACUGUUUGGGGCGCCAAAAAAUAAAGUGGUCGGACAAAAUGUGUGUCCAACAAGCGACGACUUCCUCUGUAGAAAAUGUGAAUUUCACUGAAAGUAACUGGACUGUUGUUCACGUGCGUGUUGUGCGGAAACGACAGACAUGUAGUAUUAUUGCCGUAGUACCGGUGACCCUUAACGCACGAUACUGACUGUAAUCGACAGAAAAGCAACACAUACAUUGUCCCCUUGCAGCCGCAUGUGCCGAAAAAGCUGUUAGCACCACUGCCAUGCUGCCGUAAUGGGGUAUCUAGAUUCCGGACCCCCGUGGCAGCAAACAGAACAAGGAGCCCCUUGGCAACCCACAGAGUACGACAAACAAAUCCUGUUUCGACAUCUUCGAGUGCACUUCGUUUUUUUGAGAGAGUCCUCAGACCAGUAACCACUGAAAUGCUCAAAUAUUGUGGACAUUUCUUCGUUUUCGGCAAAUGCCAAUUGUUAAAGUGGGCCCUGCUCAGGUUACAACGCCAACUCCAGCAACCUGCGUCGGUUCGGGGCACCUUCCCUAAUGAUAUCGGAGAGCCAGCUUCAGUUGGCUUCUUGCUGCUGGCACCGGAGUCAAAAUUCAGCAUCAUCAGAAUGUAGUCACUUUUGCGAUACUCUUACGUCGACUGCUCACCCAAAGGAGAACUCACCUUUCGUCGCUUCGUGUGAGUUGUUAUUCUUUACGUGGUGACGUACCGGCGGAUUCCUGAAGUGCAGGUGUGGUGCGUAAGCCGUACGAUAAUGAGCUUUCUCUUAUACCUACAACAGAGACAUGGGUAAUGCAUGCCUAUAUCUUCUGGCUGUUACGCUAGCCCUCUGCGUGCAUGCUAGAGGAAACGGACCUUUGGGUAUCCAACGCUAAAUAGGCCGGUGACCAGAAAUAGCGACCGCCAUUGCCUCAGUAAGUCCACAUCGUACGUCUGUUCUCUCCUCCAACUUUAGGUUUGCACAGCUAGAUCGAGGCGCUGACCACAGUUGUAUUAUAUUGACGUUGUUCUCCUCCUGAGCAGUGCUCUUUAAAAGAACUGACACAAACACACCAACAUCUUGUUCGGAAGGUUUGAAAAUCGCGGAUUGCGCCACGAGAGAAUCCAUCUGGCUAUUCCCGCCAGACGUACACCAGGGGGAGUUGUAAACACAGCUUGCGUGGCCCCGUGUACGCUUCCCAUCUUUCAUGCGUAUUUUGUACCAGGGGUCUUCAAAGGUUCUCUCUAGGUACUGCUCUACCUACCUGACAGCCGCACGGGUUUAUUGAUGAGCAAGGGCAAACUACACUACGCUAACCUCCGGGGGCUGGCGUCUCGUAACAAUGGUGGUGGAAAAACAGGCUACAAUGUGGCAGCACGAUCACCCACCCGCCCGGGCGCCUGCCACCGCUUUGAGGGGCUGCCUUUUGUGCCGGGUGCCGCAGAGGUCGCUUUUCAUGUUACUCUGAAUAACACGGGCAAAAUAAAACGAUGAGAAAACGCGGAAAUCACACAGCCACCGGCGAGACCGAGGAGCCAUGUACCUGCUUAGGAAACAGCAGACAUACGUAGCGUUCCACCUCUAGAAGUGUCAUCAAAGAGAAUCUGCUAUUUGUUGGACAGUAGUUUACCAGUUAUUGUGACAAGCUCACUACACGCGAGUGACGCGCGCCAAAAACAGGGACACCAAGCUGAUGCCAUGAUGAAAACGAAUUACAAUUUCUAAUAUGCGCAGGAUACGUACAUUAGCGCUUUCACUGAACUUGUGUCCUAAAGCUCCAUCUAUUUGUUGACAACCGCAUCUUCUUUGUGUGCAAAUACGCACAGGCUAGAAUUCCGCCAGGUGGCGAGUUUUUUUGCAAGAGUUAUCUGUUUGGCCCCCUGCUAGUCCGGAUCGUUUCUGUUUCAGCAGAUAUAUGCUUAUCCAGGUUGACUCGCGGGUCGCGUAAUGCCAUACAUGUGACAUGCAAUUCCCGUUUUCGGGAUUAUCGUGCAGGUCUUGUCUGCUUUGGUUGUGGCUGACCUCCAGAUGCCGGACGAUUUCAACAACUGAAUGUGCGUAAAUCACAACGGGAUGUGCGGCGAGUCACCGGGGGUGUGAAAUGGGUUGUUGCAUAAACAGAAUUUUCUUCGUCAUGAUAUACCACGUCCUCUUCGGUGCUCCUGUAAAUGAUAGUAGUUUUUUCUUGCUGACUCUACGCUUCACGAACUGAAUAUUCUGGUAGAGCCUGUGUCCAAGACGUUGGCGUCAGAGGGGUUCCCUGCGUUUUCCUCCGCUGUCGUCUACUGCGCUAUUGCGAGGGGUCAGAGCGGCCGCCUGUGUGUUGCUUUGUGUUUUGAUUCUCGCAUUUAAGAAUCCAGGAAAACAAACUUGCAGUCCGUGUACAACACUGCAGUCUAUCAUCCCGUGUCUUUUUGCCCCCCAGCUACAUGGUAAAGCGGGGUGACGCCUGUGCUCGACGUUCAGCUUUGAACCCGCGGUUCCUGCUAUGAAAGCGACGUGGUCUUGGUUUCCAAUCCGCAUCGUCACAGAAUUACUGAAAUCGAAGGUGCCUCACUUAUAAAGAGUGAUGGAUUGUAAUCCGAAAGACGUUUGUUUUUGUUGGGGUUGUUUGCAAUGAAGAAAACGCCUGAUUCGUGUCUUCGAUCCACCGAAUGCGUCUCGGUUCUUUGUGACACGGGCUCUCUCCGUCCACGUAGGACGGCUAACCCUUUUUACUUGGGCUGCCACCCGUAGGAACUUUUUUCAUUUUGGAAAGCGAGCGCAUCUUCCAGCGAUGCAAUUUGUGUCUCGCAUUUAGGGUCACUGUCGGGAAGGGCUCGUCCGUAUUGUCUCCGCUCCAACGACCGAACGCACAAGUUAGCAGGCUGACCAUCCCGUCCAAUCAACGACCUCGAUAGAGUGUUUGUGGAUUGUUUAAUUCCCUUUAGUGUUUGUGGAUUGUUUAAUUCCCUUUGUAAGCGUCCAUCGUCACAGAUUCGGAUCCCAUUCCGGUGACUGAGAGAGACCUAGGCAAUAGCUCGAGUUUCUCGCGUACUACCGACUGGCGACGACUCUAACCCAAGGCCUUCGUGGUCUAUAGUUGCGCAUUUAGCAUUUCUAGCCUCUUUAGAUUCAGGAAAAUGGAUAUCCGAGAAACGAGUAGCAUGGAGCUGGACCGUAGGCCGCUGGGCAUGCCUAGCACCUAUCCGGACAAGUCGGUGUUGAGCCUCAGCGAGGCGUAUCCCAUUCUGAACCCCCUGUACUCGAAAAUCGAGACCGAAUACAACGCACUUCCCUGGCUUCAGUGGACCGUUGAACGCUACCAUUUCGCCCCCAUCGCAGUAACGCUUUAUCUUCUCUUUUGUUACUUCGGCACGAGAUGGAUGAAGAACAGACCAGCGUAUGAUCUCAGGCGCCCACUGAAAUACUGGAACUUGUUUCUCGCCAUUUUCAGUUUCAUGGGCAUGAUCCGCGUCGUCCCCCACUUGUUCGAGAUUUUGCGGCGGUGGGGCUUUGAGGUUUCCAUCUGUUCCCCACCGGUCUUCACGUAUGGCCACGGGGCGAGCGGCUUGUGGAUCUUUUUGUUCAUCUAUUCCAAGUACUUUGAGCUUCUGGACACUCUGUUUAUCGUCCUCCGAAAACGACCUCUCAACUUUUUGCACUGGUAUCACCACGCGACAGUCCUGUUGUACACCUGGGAUGGUUACUGUGUAGAGCAGCCCGCCGGUAUAUACUUCGUUGCGAUGAACUACAGUGUCCAUGCGAUCAUGUACUUCUACUAUUUCCUUGCUGCCCAGUUACAGCGGCCACUGCCGUGGGGCAUCUUUGUGACGAUAGCUCAAAUUUCCCAGAUGUUUGUGGGAAUGGGUGUCACAUGUGUAUCGCUGUAUUACUCCUUCGCGUACCCUCUGGUGAAUAAGUGGACGGGUUGGGAGUUCACGGACCCCAUGACACAUGGCCAAUAUAUCAGUGCUCGCAAUCUCGUUUACGGCCUCCUUAUGUAUUCCACGUAUCUGUAUCUUUUCGCGGAGUACUUCUUCAAGCGAUACGUCUCGAAGGCCUCCCACAAGAAAAUCCAGGCGGAAAAGGCUCAGUAGAGGACAGGGUGCAGAGUGAAGAUAACCCAGGUCCCAACUCCCAUUCGUCCGCCUUAUUGCUGUACCCCCCGAAACUCCGGAUAACGGUGGCGCUGCAGAAUUUGUUGGACGGCUACUUAGAGGCGGAAAGAGGUCUCUAAGUUCGCGCCCGCCGUCUGUGGACACACCAGAUCGUGUCAGUGUGUGGCCAGUACUCGACCUGUAGACUCUACGAGCCACGGUGACGUUCCAGGCCGUUUUUGUCGCAUUUGUUUUGUUUAUUGCCACGCGUUCCUCCCCUGCCGUCGGCAACGUGUUCCAAAAUUUGGACCACUCGAGCAGUGUGACAGCUCUAUUUCCUUGUUCGACCUCUCAGGUACUGCCUCUAACUCGUCUGGAAGAAAAACUCUGUUUCUUUGGUGUGAUCCCUGGGUUCGCCAAGACCCGCACCGUCAUCACCGUGACAGAAAUGCCAAUAUAGGUGAUCCGUGAUCGAUGCGAGGUCCGGCAGAAGAGAACUGUUCUGAAGACUAAAUCGGUUCAAAUCAGUACUUUCCCA